AUUUUUAGAUUGAUUUUCAUUUUUCAGGGUUUGUUUGUUUGUGUGAUUAUAUAUUUUGCAGAGGCAAAGAAGGAACGAACGAAACAAUUCACAAUGGCGAGCCGUCGUUUAUUGUCAUCAACAGCAUCAACUCUCUCCUCCACUCCCAAGCUGGUCUUUCAAGCUGCUACCACCCGACCCGACCCGCUGAUUCGCUCAGUAGUGACCCGAUUCAUGUCCUCCGCGACUCCACACCAAGAAAUCCCCCUUCAGAAUAAUAAGCAAGAGUCUAUCAAAGAAGACCUAGAAACCAAAAAUAAAGAAGAAGAAGAAGAUGAUGCUCAAUAUGUAGAUGAAAAUGGCAAUUUUGUCAAUAAAGCCACCGGCGAAGUGGGUGGGCCCCGCGGACCCGAGCCCACCCGUUAUGGCGAUUGGGAGCAAAAAGGUCGCUGCUCUGAUUUCUGAAAAUCAUUCCACUCUAAAUCAAAACUUAUCUUUUUUUUUUUUUUUUUUUUGAAUUGAAUUGUAUGCUCUCUCUUUGUGUUCAAUUUUUGUUAUGUUUUUUUAGUGUGUAAUAUUUGAUGAGAAGGAAUGAAAUUAAGAGCAAAUAAAUUUGUGUUUUACGCUA